AUUUUCCCCUUGAGGCAGCAGGAGGCACUGUCCCUACUUGGUAGCGUUCUGGGUUCUGGAGAAUCCCCAUCCCCAUGGAUGGAACCAGCAUGGCGCUGAGUGUGGGCAAUUGCCACGAAUGCUGGUGUUCAGCUUUGGAGAUGGGGUCUUCUGGGGGAUAUGACAUGAGUAGGGGGUGGCUGAUGGCAAAUCCUCAGGGAGCCCCGGGUACAGCACCUCGCCAUGGCUCUGUUUUUCUGCACCCACUGAUGGCAUCCCCUUAAUCUGCUGCUACAGCCUCAUUGCCUCUGUCUACGCCACCAGCAGAACCCGCUCCCAGCCAGCACUGACGUGAGUACGCAGACAGGGUUUGGAGUACGACACCACGACUCUGACCCACAGGUGGCCAGGAGGGGAUGGCAGUGUGGUUGGGGACAUGUGGCUGCUGCAAUCUGGACCCAGCACCCCAUUGCCCCAGUGGUGCGUUUCUCCCUGCAGCGUGGUCACCAACAAGGAGGAGAAAUGAGCAGACCUGGAGCAGUUCUGGGUGCAGGUACUCCUGGAGGUCUUCCAGAACAGCAAAGCUGCUCUCCCACCACCGCGAAGGAAGUGAAAACACGGAGAUGAUGCACAAGACAUCAGAAUGCUUGUUGAGGAGUCGGGUGCUCUGAUGCCUAAGUAAACCUCUUGCACAAGGAAACUAGGAUUGGGUGGUUUAUUUGCAACACCAUCUUCAGUCCACAUCCUUCCAUGAUUUGUGAGUUGGUGUGCGUCCAACUCCCUGUUGGAGUUCAAUGCCACCCAGCACGGCCCAGGGGGCAGAUGUGGGCAUCCCAAACCCACCCCUCAGGGCCCCCAGCGCCCCGCGAGCGCUCACAUCCCCGCCCCGGGGCUCUGCUCAUUGUGACAUCGGCACCGCGUCACCAACACGCGCCUUCUCACUGUGACAUCACAGUGUGCAGGGCUGCCUCACACAGCGCACGCCCGUGUCCCCCCAUUCCCGGCUAGCUCUGGAUCGAGGAAGCAGCACCGCUGCUUUGCUCCAGAAGUAAAGCCCAGGAAUGGACCCGAGGUCUCAAUGCCUCAGUGCGCCACAGGCCAAUCCUUCCACCCACCGCCCUGCAGCACGGCGCAGGGCACGGGCAACGCCCGAGCGGGAGCCGUCCCCCCCAAAAAAGAAGCAGCGCGUCUCUGAGGACGAAGGGUGCGGGCUGUGCAAGCGGACAGACUACGACCCCGAUAUCUAUGGAGAGACGUGCCGGCAGGACAGGCUCUGCGUCCAUGAGAACUGCCUGUACCACGCCAGCGGGCUGUACCAGCACGGCGCUGACGAUGAAGGAUUCUUCGGAUUCCUCCUCCCCGACAUCGAGCAGGCGCUGCAGCGCGUGGCAGAGAAGGUGUGCUGUGUCUGCCGGCAGCGGGGCGCCUCUGUCCGCUGCCAUCGCCGGAGAUGCUCCCGCACCUUCCACUACCCGUGCGGAAGAGAACGCGGCUGUGUCUCCCAGUUUUUUGGGGAGUACAGGUCCUUCUGCUGGCAGCACCGGCCGACGCAGCAGGUGCAGCCGCUGAGACAGCAACGCCCCCAGUGUGCCAUCUGCUUGGAGGCGGUGCAGGGACGCCCCUGCUACAGGACCCUCAUCUGCCCCUCCUGCACCAGCGCGCAUUUCCACCGCCACUGCAUCCAGGGCCAAGCUCUGCGCGCUGCCCUGCACCACUUCCGCUGCCCGCUCUGCCAGGACAUGCAGACCUUCCAGGCCGAGAUGUUCCGUCUUGGCAUCAAAAUCCCUGACAGGGAUGCAGCCUGGGAGGAAGAAGGAGCCUUCAAUGAGCUCUACCAGCGGCACAACUCCUGCGAUGCCAGCCUGUGCCUGUGCUCGCUGGGACGGGACUACUCAAACAACACGGGGCCUUGGAGGAUGCUGCUCUGCAGCUCCUGUGCUUCGUGCGGGACUCACCAGCGCUGCUCUGCCAUCCCAGAGGACUCUGAGUCGUGGGAGUGCAGCGGCUGCAGUGGUGUGGGCACCGCCCCUUCCGUGUCAGCCCCGGCGCAGUGAUCCCUGCACAGCACCCCAGCUCCUGGCACUUCGGCUCCAGCACGACAGGCUGCCAUGCUGCAGGGACACCCCGACGCCCAGCUGCCUGCGCAGCCCACAGGAAGCCCCGCGGC